AUGUCUGCUAUGACUUCAUUACCACAACGGCAUACGUAUUACGGUGGUGAAGUUGGAGUACAUACACAUGAGAUUAGUGCUAAACCAAGGAAGAGACACGUAACUUUUGGACCAUACAUCGUUGGAUCAACACUAGGGGAAGGUGAAUUUGGUAAAGUUAAAUUAGGAUGGUCCAAAGCCGCUUCAUCGUCGCUAGAGGUGCCUAAGCAAGUUGCCAUUAAAUUAAUCAGAAGAGAUAGUAUUCCAAAGAAUUCUGAGAAGGAGGUUAAAAUCUACAGGGAAAUAAAUGCAUUAAAACAUUUAUCGCAUCCGAAUAUUGUUAAAUUGGAAGAGGUAUUACAAAAUUCGAAGUAUAUUGGUAUCGUGCUCGAGUACGCAUCUGGGGGAGAGUUUUACAAAUAUAUUCAAAGGAAACGACGGCUCAAAGAAGCUAUAGCAUGUAGAUUAUUUGCACAGCUGGUUUCGGGCGUUAACUAUAUGCAUUCUAAAGGGUUAGUUCAUCGGGAUUUGAAACUAGAAAAUCUACUAUUGGAUAAACAUGAGAAUUUGGUUAUAACAGAUUUUGGGUUUGUUAAUGAAUUCGUUUCGCACAACGAAUUGAUGAAAACAUCAUGUGGGUCGCCUUGUUACGCUGCACCUGAAUUGGUCGUUAGCACAAAGCCCUAUGAAGCAAGGAAAAGUGACGUUUGGUCAUGCGGUGUGAUUUUAUAUGCAAUGUUAGCAGGUUAUUUACCAUGGGACGAUGAUCCAAAGAAUCCUGACGGGAAUGAUAUCGUUAGACUGUAUUAUUACAUCACAAGAACACCUCUAAAAUUUCCGGAAUACAUUACGCCAUUGUCAAGAGAUCUAUUAAGACGCAUAUUAGUAUCUGACCCUAAAAAGAGAAUAACACUGAGAAGUAUCCAUAAACACGAAUGGUUAAAACCUCAUGCGGCAUUCAUUUCAAUUACUCCAGAAGAAUGGGACAAGGCGAUGUCAUCAAAGGACGUAUUUAGACUGCCACACCCCGCACAUACAAGACCAAAGAGACCUCAGUCAAGUUGUUCUACAUCAUCAACAGGUUCUAAAGGCGAGAAGAGAGAUUCAUUAAUAAUGGAUUAUACUUUAGUGCCAUUACCAGCACCGCCUCACCAAUCACAAUCGCAUGUAAUCACAAAACCAUCACCACCAUCUCCAGAAAUAAGAACUUCACCUGUAAGGAAUCAGUUGAGUCGACACACUAGGAGCAAUUCAGCUGCGUCAGUAGCAUUACAAGCGGUAGUAGAUGCUGAAAGGGAUAGUAACAGUAUGCUUUCGCAUCCUCAUGGUAACGGUGUCAACGCAGUCAACGGCGGCACUGUCAGCGGCAACAAGUUAAUACCGAGAUCCAAUACAAUGUCUGGUAACGUUUCAUCCUUACUGAAUAAAGAUAGUGUCAUAGUGGAAACUAGUCCCUCUAAGAGUAGACUCAUUGAACCAAUGGAUGAAAAUAGCAUAAUGAGGCCACCAUUAAACAGCAUAAGUAACGUGGCAGCUUCUAGAACGGUUCAUGGGAAACCAAGACCUACGUCUUAUCAUCCAGGUUCGAUGGCGACCAAUACUGAUAAUAAGGAUCCACCACCUACUCUAUCCGGUGUACCCAAUCUAUCACCAACACGUCCCUUGUCUUUCAUAGAACCAUCACCAUUAGAUUCAACACCUUCAUUAGUACCUGAUGCAGGUGCAUCUUCACAAGAGCAUUCACCUAAAAUGUUACCAAGAAGAUCUUUCUCUGUAAGCAAACCAUUGCUGGAUUUACAAAGUGUUAAUGGAGAUUUGAUUAAAUCUCAUGGUGAUGCACAACCAAUGGCAAGAAGGCUACACGAGCAAGUUGAAGAUGGUGAUUAUAAACAAAGAAGACAAUCAAGACGUUAUAGUUCAUUAUUCAAUUCUGUCACUGAAGAAGGGGAAGAUAUGGAUCAAAAGAGUAUUGCACCACAAAGCAGAGCCACCAGUCAUACACGAAGUAGGACAUCAAGUAAAACCCACAGUAGACAGCCAAGUGGCAAUACCAAUACCGUAGGGGGAUCAGAACCAGUAGAACCGGUGAAGAGUCGCACAACGACAACAGCAGGCGCUAAUACCAGGGAUAAAGAUAAAAAACUUGAUAAGAAGAGAUUCAGCUUUUUAUCGUUUUACUCAUCCUACAACACUUCAAGAUCAAGUAUUGCAUCGGAAAAGAUCCCGUCCGUACCAGCACCAACUUCACAACCACAACAACACAGACGUGUUGAUUCACAGUCUUCACGUCAAAAUUCCAUCUCUAGAAUGGGGACAAGAAAUUCUCUGAGAGUGGUUGGUCAAACUCCAUUGCAACAGCAGCAGCAGCAGCGUCAAGCGCCCGCGCAGCAACAGCCGCCCGCACAACAGCAACAGCCGUUCACGAGAACCAAGAUCAAGAAAAAUAGACAAUCGAUGAUGGAACCAUCUCAACCACAGGUACGACCACAGGGUGAACAAUCAACGGCUAAGAAAGUGAUGGAUUUUUUCAAGAGGAGAAGCAUGAGAGUUUGA